UUCUGUCAUGUUCUGACGAGCUUGAAAAAAGUGAGCGCAGCCCUCAACAAGUAGGCGCAUGGCCCCGGACUGCGCCGGUAUAGAACCGUACUUUUGUUUUGCGUGUAGUAUGAGGAAGCAUGGCUUGGUGUGAGCGCGGGGUUCAGACGCUGUUGGCCACCGUGGGCGCUUUCGCCGCCUUCAGCCUUAUGAGCAUCGCCAUCGGCACGGACUACUGGCUCUACUCGCGGGCGUACAUCUGCAACGGAACCAACGCUACAGCCGACGAGUCCCAGCCGCAGAUCAGGAGCAGGAAAGGGGACCUGACGCACUCCGGGCUUUGGAGGAUCUGUUGUAUUGAGGGCAUCAAUCAAGGCAGCUGUUACCGAAUCAACCAUUUUCCUGACGACAACGACUAUGACACGGACAGCUCGGAAUACCUGUUGCGCAUCGUACGAGCCUCCAGUGUGUUCCCAAUCCUCAGCACGGUGCUGCUCAUGCUGGGCGGCGUGUGUGUCGGAGCAGGCCGAGUCUACAGUAAGACCAACAACAUUCUCCUCAGCGCCGGCAUUCUCUUUGUAGCCGCAGGUCUGAGCAAUAUCAUCGGCAUUAUUGUGUACAUCUCGAGCAACGCGGGUGACCCCAACGACAAACGGGACGACGACAAGAAGUACACGUACUCGUACGGCUGGUCCUUCUACUUCGGUGCUCUGUCCUUCAUCGUGGCCGAAACGGUGGCCGUCCUUGCCAUCAACAUCUACAUUGAGAAGAAUAAAGAAGUGCGCUGGAGGGCGCGCCGCGACUUCAUCCGCUCCCUGUCGUCCUCAUCGCCAUACUCUCGCAUCCCUAGUUUCCGGUACCGCCGGCGGACGUCGCAGGCCAGCUCACGUUCCACUGAGGCGUCGAGGGAAAACUCGCCCGUGGCGGCACUCAAGCCAACGCCUGGCGGGCCCUUGGACGAGCUGUCCAUGUACGCUUUGGCGCGGGACAGCGUGACGGACAACGCUUACAGCCCCGAACACGAGGCGGCUGCCGACUUUCUGCAGGUGCAUAACUGUUUCCCCAAUGAUUUGAAGGAUGGAGUCAAUCGCAGGACCACGCCUGUGUGAAAAACGCCACCGCCAGAUUACGAGGCGAGCAGACAGCUUGGGGUCCGAUCUGGGGCAAAAGAACUGCAGUGAGAUGCUCUGCUGGACGCCACAAGUAGAAACAGUACUCACACUCUGUGCUUCUUUCACUUCUUUGGCUGUUUUAGAGCAUUUUGACUGAUUUCUCAAGAUCUACAGACUAUUGAUUCUAUGAUUGUACAGUACAUAUUCAGUAUUUAAAUCCACAAAAUGGAUGAAUACUUGAUUUUAAUUCUAUCUUUUCCUGUUCUUUAGCAAUCAGCUGUAGAACAUGGAUUGCUUUAAUCAAAAUACCGCUUUUUCUGCCGGAAAAAUAGAUUGACCUUGAGUGAUCGAGUGACGUAAAAGAUAUUUGUAUAAAACAAUAAAAUAAAAUAAAAAAGACUGGAUGAAGUAGAAGUACUUCAUCAAAUCCUGUACUUGAAUAAAAAGCUAAAAAAGCUGCCUUUGACGGUGAUAGAUACGGAGCCCCUAAAGGGAAAUCGACAGAAAUAAAAUACAUUUAAACCAUCUUGCGCACACCAGAUCGUAUGCAGUGCACACUAAAAACUAUCUGGUGCGCAGCAGAAACAAUCUGAUAAGCAUUACCAUUAGACAGCAAUUGCCGUAUUUUUCGGACUAUAAGUCAUACCUGAGUAUAAGUCGCACCAGCCAUAAAAUGCUCAAUGAGGAGGAAAAAAACUUAUAUAAGUCGCACCGGAGUAUAAGUCGCAUUUUUUGGGGAACUUGAUACCUGAUAAAAUCCAACACAUAGAACAGAUAUGUCAUCUUGAAAGGCAAUUUAAAGACCAAAUGUGAAGUAAUUUCAUAACAUGCCAAAUAGGGUCACAAUUAAAGUAAUUAAACAUUGUCCAACAAAUAAAGCAUGAAAAAAUAAUUUAUAUGUUGUAUAUUUAACAAAAUAAUCGCGUUCACGAACUUCGAGCCUGAAAGGGGACGAACCCGGAAAUGAUACGUCACACCGGGAACAGCGAUGGCAGCUCCAUACAUACGGCUGCCAUACAAAGCCCUUCAAACAGCGAUAUAAGCGAUAGAUCGAGCGCAAGGGAGGAGAUCCAAGUUUUUGAAGAGUUUGAGGAAGAAGAGGAGGUUGGAAUUUUACGUUGGACCUAACAUGUAUUAGCCAGACGCUAAUCAGGAUGCAAACAAUGUGCCUAGACUACCUGACAUGGAAUGGAUACAAGACCCAUCGAGAUUACAAGAUUGGUAAGAUAUAGGCUGUUAUUAUUUUCAUGAUUUGAAGAUGCAGGCAUUUGCACAUAAUAUUAUGUUUUUGUCUAUCUGAUGACAUUGUUAGAAAAAAUAAUAAUCAGACUUCAUGUUCAUUUUGGCAGAUCCGGCAGCUCUCGUGCAUAUAAAAUAAUAAUAUAAAAACAUUGGGGGGAAAGAAGGAGAUGAGUCGUUGAUGGCUUUCUCCACUUUAUUGUAGCAACAAUAAGAAAACAAAAUAAUAGUGGACUGCCGCCACAUUCGACCGCGAAGUUUUGCUUCUCGCUGAUCUCCUCCUUACCUCCUACUACUCCAGCUUCUCUUAAAAGGAUCGUGCAUAGUGUCUUGUUAUGAGCUUUUUGUUUACAAAUGUAUUGAACACACGACGUGCUGACAACUUUGUUUCUUUAUUAACACAUGGAGCUAACAGUACGAAAACAGCUCGGGGCUCUC